CAGACCGCAGUUCGAUCAUGGCCAUACUUCUCAGCCUCCCCACUGAGAUCCUUCUUCAAAUAUGCCAGUCACUAUGCCCUCAUUGCAUCCCUGUGGACGAGUUCAUAGAGGGAAAAAGAGAUUCCCCCUCCAACAGGCUACUUAUUGGUGCCCUCUCUCGCCUGGCCCGAACCUGCACGGCUAUGCGCCGUCAUGCACAACCAAUUUUGUACCACUGCCCAAUUCCACACGGAAUUGUCAACCUCGCUCAGACCCUCUCCCAGCGACAGGACCUGGCUCAAAAUGUUCAGGAGAUGUUCAUUGGCUCGGAGCUUGCAGGCCAGGAACUUUCCCCAUCAGAUAUUAUGUUUUUCGAGCAAAUGAUCACUCAAUAUCCUCGAGACGCGGAUGGAGAAUUGAUUAAAAUUUCGCCAAACUGGUCAAUUACCGAUCGGCCGUUUAGAGCACCGGACGAGCAAGACAAAUUUGCCUACGACCCCUGGGGACUGGUGUUGGCUUUGAUCGCUACGCAGAUUCCCAACGUCGUCCGACUGGCUAUUGAGACCUACUACAAUUUGGAAUUUCCUUUCUGUCAGGCGGCAUCACUCCCACACCUCACCCACUUGAGCCUUCGGCACGGAGACACGGAGCUUGGAAGUGACGUAGAGAGAGUCAAGGGCAUCCUGGCAGCUGCGCCAGCGUUGAAAGUAUUUCGCGGGUAUAUGAUACAAGCAGCCUCGAGUGGCAUCAGACAUCAAGGCCUGGCCGAGGUGGUUCUAAGAAGAACUACUCUGGAUUCUGAGGCCUUCGAGGCCAUCAUGGGUGGGUUUGAGAAACUCGAGACAUUUCUAUACGAGUCUGGCGGGGGGAACAUUAAUGAGACAGAAGCGACACCGGCAGAGGUGUGUCGAGCGAUGCUUCUAAGAUCAGAUACACUUCGACAUGCGACUCUCAACUUUGCUGAAUCUGAGUACGGGCUUGUCCAUAACUUUGGAGACGAAGAUAUGAUGGUUUCGACAAGCCUCAAAUGGAUGCAGGCUCUUGAGACGUUGAAAUUGGAGAGUUGGAUAAUGUACGACGUUCACAGUGGCAGGGCUACUGGUGGGACGUUGCUGACCGAAUUUCUCCCCUCUUCCAUUCGGGAAUUGGCCAUUGAUUACCCAAUCGACAUUAUAAAUGACAUACUGAAGCUGGCAGAGGAAGCGCCCGAGGGGUUUCCCAAGCUAGAAAAGGUACGCUUUGACGGUCUAGAGCAGGAUACGAGAGAUACGAUCGAGGCGGCAUUUGUGGCCUCUGGAAUCCAAUGCGUAUUUGGAGACGGGCUGUUUCCCGAAGAAAGUAGAUAUGAUUGGGAUUAGAGGGUCAGUGUAUGGCGCGGUGGUCGCUAUCUUAGCCUACCUAGGUCCAUGAAGGUAUUCGCGACGACAUGAAGGAUGUGCCGAUAAGCAAUGCCGUGGUAAUCCUAGCUGCUUGUUAAAU